AUGCUGCGCCUGCCACCAGCACCAGAAGACCACCCCAGAGAUAUAGUAUGCUGCCUAGAAAAUUUCACCCUGAAAGAGUACAUACUACGCACUGCCCGCCGCAUAGGCACAAUAAACAUAGAUAGCCAAGACAUUGUGAUAUACCAGGAUCUCUCCAGCUAUACAUUACAGGCACAGAAAGCGGUGGGAAUCCCGUACCGCUGGGGAUACCCGUUUUCCCUGUCAGCCCACCAGGGACAGACAACGUUACACAAUCAAGGCCCCAGCUGAUGUCCCAGGAUUUCAAUGCUUGCUAAGCCUUCCUCCUGUACAGGUGCCGAGCUGGCUGGCACACCAGUUCCUUCAGCAACUCAAUGGCCCACCACCACUGGGCCGCGACCGGAACCAACGCCAACGGCCCUCGCAGCCCAACCAGACCGGAGAAGUAAAAGUUGAGGCUGUACACCACAACCCGAAGAGGGGAACCAUACCCCGGGCUACAGCAUGCAACACAAACACCUGUGAGUAA